AUGUCUGGUGUCAAACGUGAAUAUUCUUCUUUGAUCAAGCAUGAACAAUCGGAUAAAGAUCAACAAGAUUACAAGUAUGGGAGGAUCAAUGGGAAAAGGGAAGAUGAUAGUACACCAGAAGUAUCACCUAAGAAAAUGAAAUCUGAAGGUGAUUCUCCAACUACGCCAGAGAAGAAGGUCAGGGGAGAAGGAAAGAAAUUAGGUCCUGGACCUGCUUGGACGGGAGAGAUGAGGUUGAGGUUAUUUGAAGUUUAUCAAGAAGUUGGGAAUGUUGAUUGGGGUUCGGUAGCUCAAAAAAUGGGCGGUGGGAUGACAGCUGCUCAAUGUCGGAAGCAAUGGCAACGAGCAACAGGUACGAAAAUCCGUAGAGCUUUGAGGGAAGAAUGA